CUUUUAUGAUCCAGCGCUUUUACAAGGCACUCAUCUUUCCCUUUGGUCUGAUGAGGUGUUGUCCCAUGAAAUCCAGACGCUAUGACAUCUGCUGUAGCCAAUUCCAGUAAGCCUGUUAUGACUGAAAGGAAAAAUUGCACUGGGAACGAGCUUGUUUAUGUUAAGAACCCUCACUUGGAUUCAAUGGAUGAAGAUAUUCUAUAUCACUUAGAUUUGGGGACCAAGACUCAUAAUCUGCCUGCCAUGUUUGGUGACAUAAAGUUUGUCUGCGUGGGUGGGAGCCCUAACAGAAUGAAAGCUUUUGCUCAGUUCAUGCAUAAAGAACUUGGACUCGAAGGAGACGAGAAAGACGUGAAAGAUAUUUGUGCUGGGACAGAUCGGUACUGUAUGUAUAAAGUGGGACCCGUGCUCUCCAUCAGUCACGGGAUGGGUAUUCCCUCCAUUUCUAUUAUGCUGCAUGAGCUAAUCAAAUUGCUCCACCAUGCAAAAUGCCGUGAUGUUACCAUUAUACGCAUCGGUACUUCAGGGGGAUUAGGGAUCGAACCUGGGUCCGUUGUAAUAACGGACACAGCGGUGGAUUCGUUUUUCAAGCCUCAGUUUGAGCAGGUGAUACUGGACCGAGUGGUAGUACGAAGCACUGAACUUGAUAAUGGCCUUGCUGAGGAACUGCUAGAAUGCAGCAAAGAGAUUAAGGAUUUCCCCACGCUUAUUGGUCAUACAAUGUGCACCUACGAUUUUUAUGAGGGUCAGGGGCGAUUAGAUGGGGCGCUGUGUUCCUUCUCCAACGAAAAUAAGUUAGAGUACCUCAAAAGAGCUUACAACGCUGGCAUCAGAAAUAUAGAAAUGGAGUCUACUGUGUUUGCUGCUAUGUGCAGGCUUUGCGGCCUUAAAGCUGCAGUUGUCUGUGUGACUCUCCUUAACCGACUUCUCGGUGACCAGAUCCAGGCAUCCCAUGAAGUUUUACUUGACUAUCAGCAACGACCUCAAAGGCUGAUUUCAAUGUUUAUUAAAAAGCGCCUUGGGCUUUGGACUCCAGAAGGUUCAGUCUGAAA